UUCUAGAAUGGUCUUCACCCCACACUGGAAAGACGGGAGGGGACUGGACAGUGCGCAGCUCCUGCCGUGACGACGCCUCUAGGUGACUCAACAGGUAGUAUUAAUCAGUAUGAACAUCAGUACCAGUGAUAGUUGUGAUGCAUUCCAACUCUCCAGUAGCCACGUCCACGUCCCCAGUAUUACUUGGCCCUACAUCGCCGCUGAGCUGCUCAUCGCUCUCCUCGCUAUCGCUGGGAAUUUCCUGGUCUGUCUGGCCGUGAACCGAAACCGGAAGCUACGCACCGUCACCAACUACUUCCUGGUGUCGCUUUCGGUGGCCGACAUCUUUGUGGGCGUGCUGGCGAUCCCGUGUGCCGUGUUGACCGACUUGGGCCAGCCGCGCCACAACCUGCCUCUGUGUCUGCUCCUCCUGAGUGUGCUCAUCGUGCUAACCCAGAGCUCCAUCCUCAGCCUGCUAGCGGUAGCCGCAGAGCGCUACGUGGCUAUCCUGCUGCCGCUCCAGUACCAGAGGAUCGUGAGCCCCAGGAACGCCCGGCUGGCCCUGAUCCUCACCUGGUGUCUGGCCCUACUCUCUGGUUCCAUCCCUCUGAUGGGCUGGCACGGAUCACUGCCACCUUCUGGGGCCUGUCUCUUCCCCUGUGUGGUCAAUUUGAGUUAUAUGGUCUACUUCAACUUCUUGGGCGGGGUGCUGGUUCCCCUGGUGGUCAUGUUUAUCAUCUACGGUCACAUCUUCCUCACGGUCCGACAGCAGCUCAGACGCAUCGCAGCCGGGAGGGGACCAGCCAGACCUGAUACCAGGGAUGGAGAGAUGGGACCAGCCAGGUCUGAUACCAGGGAUGGAGAGAGGGGACCAGCCAGGUCUGAUACCACGGAUGGAGAGAGGGGACCAGCCAGGUCUGAUACCACGGAUGGAGAGAGGGGACCAGCCAGGUCUGAUACCAGGGGUGGAGAGAUGGGACCAGCCAGGUCUGAUAUCAGGGAGGGAGAGAUGGGACCAGCCAGGCCUGAUACCAGGGAUGGAGAGAGGGGACCAGCCAGGCCCGAUACCAGGGAUGGAGAGAUGGGACCAGCCAGGCCUGAUACCAGGGAGGGAGAGAGGGGACCUGCCUGGCCUGAUACCAGGGGUGGAGAGAUGGGACCAGCCAGACCUGAUACCAGGGAUGGAGAGAGGGGACCAGCCAGGCCUGAUACCAGGGAGGGAGAGAGGGGACCAGCCAGGUCUGAUACCAGGGAGGGAGAGAUGGGACCAGCCAGGCCUGAUACCAGGGAUGGAGAGAGGGGACCAGCCAGGCACGAUACAAGGGAUGGAGAGAUGGGACCAGCCAGGCCUGAUACCAGGGAGGGAGAGAGGGGACCUGCCUGGCCUGAUACCAGGGGUGGAGAGAUGGGACCAGCCAGACCUGAUACCAGGGAUGGAGAGAGGGGACCAGCCUGGCCUGAUACCAGGGAUGGAGAGAUGGGACCAGCCUGGCCUGAUACCAGGGAUUCCAGCGAAUCCAAGUCUGAGUCCAGAGGUCCAGUGAAGGACAGGUGUGGGUCCGGCGUCAGCGAGUAUAAGCGAGCGGUGCGUAUGCGCCGUGAGGUGAGGAAGGCCACCUCUCUGUUCCUGGUGUUGUUCCUGUUUAUGUUGUGCUGGCUGCCUCUCCACUUCCUGAACUGUGUUACGUUGAUGUGCCCGCGCUGCCACGUGCCCCUGCCCCUCACCCUGGCAGCCAUACUGCUGUCCCACGCCAACUCUGCCCUUAACCCGCUGCUCUACGCCUAUCGCAUGAGGUCUUUCAGACACACACUGAGGGCGCUCUGCUGCACACACACUGCAUGA